AUGAAUUCAGCACAAGGUGAUGAUGCUAAUGGUGAAAAGUUACUUUUUGAUCUCAAUAGUAGUCCUCCAUCCGAGGGUGAUGAAAAUGGUGAAAAAUUACUUUUUGAUCUCAAUAGUACUCCAUCCAAGAGUUUUUUGUUGGAUGGUGAAAGGAAGAAUAAUCACCUAGGUACAAUCAACUUAAACUUGGAGCAAUAUGGAAAUAUAGAUGUUAUUUACUUGAUGGGUGAUUACUCUGAUGAAGAGUUUGAAGAAGGAUUUGUUGGUUUUGAGGAAGAGUGUGAAGAAGAAUUUGAAGAAGACUUUGUUGGUGAUAAUUUUGAAGAAGAUUUGGAAGAAGACGUUAAGGGUGAUCAACAAGUCUUUGGUGUCCACUUAGAGGAACAAUUGGAACAAGAAACUAAUGAUAAUAAUUUGGAAGAACAACAAGCAAUGUUUUAUGGAGAUUAUGCAAUGUGUGGCUAUUCCUUCAAUUCGUAG